GGCGCGCUAUGCUAAUGAGCCUGACCCCUUCAAGCGCGGGCGGACGCAGCAGUCCGGACCCAGGCGCGCCCCUCCCGCCCCAGCCCACCCCGGCCUGCCGCCCGGGAGGGGAACAUGCCGCGCUCCUUCCUGGUGAAAACGCACUCCAGCCACAGGGUCCCCAACUACCGGCGGCUGGAGACGCAGAGAGAAAUCAAUGGUGCCUGCUCUGCCUGUUGGGGGCUGGUGGUGCCCCUCCUCCCCCGAGACAAGGAGGCCCCUUCUGUGCCCGGUGACCUUCCCCAGCCCUGGGACCGCUCCUCGGCCGUCACCUGCAUCUCCCUGCCCCUCCUGCCACGGAUCGAGGAAGCUCUGGGGGCCUCUGGGCCGGACGCCUUGGAAGUCAGCCAGGUCGACCCUCGGGCCAGCCGGGCCGCCAUUGUACCCCUCAAAGACAGCCUGAACCACCUCAACCUGCCCCCACUGCUGGUGCUGCCCACAUGGUGGUCCCCGAUCUUGGGCCCAGACCGGCACGGGGCUCCGGAAAAACUGCUUGGGGCUGAGCGGAUGCCCCGAGCCCCGGGCGGCUUUGAGUGCUUCCACUGCCACAAACCCUACCACACGCUGGCCGGGCUGGCCAGGCACCGGCAGCUGCACUGCCACCUGCAGGUGGGGCGUGUCUUCACCUGCAAGUACUGCGACAAGGAGUACACCAGCCUGGGUGCCCUCAAGAUGCACAUCCGCACUCACACGCUGCCCUGCACCUGCAAGAUCUGUGGCAAGGCCUUCUCCAGGCCCUGGUUACUGCAGGGCCAUGUCCGCACCCACACAGGGGAGAAGCCCUAUGCCUGCUCGCACUGCAGCAGGGCCUUUGCCGACCGCUCCAACCUUCGGGCCCAUCUGCAAACGCACUCAGACGCCAAGAAGUACCGGUGCCGGCGCUGCACCAAGACCUUCUCCCGCAUGUCCCUCCUGGCGCGGCACGAGGAGUCUGGCUGCUGCCCGGGCCCCUGAGAGGCACGUGGUCGGCGCAGGCAGGAGGGAUGGUCCUCACCCCGCGAGCUGCUGUCCCUCCUGCCGCCAGAGGAGCCAGGAGUCUGGGAGGGCGGGGCCUGGCCUCACACUUGGUGCGGCCUCCACAUCUGCGUCCAAUCAGAACCAAAGAAGAGUCCAGCGGGGCCCCGGGCCGGAGGACACUCGCCCAGGCCUCCCACCCCGCGGAGCCCACUCAGAGGAGACUCCUCUCCUGGAGAAGGGUUUCAUCAGAACAAGAGCCCUGGUUCCAUUUCGACACAGUCAGGUCUCCGGGGCUACCCUUCCAAGAGUCAGAGCCUCGGGGAGGUGGCCGCCAGCAUGGGCCGGCACUGCCGCCGGAUGGCUGGCAAGGCUGCCUAGUUCCCUUGCAGCAGAAAUGAACGGUUCUGACUGAUAGUGAGAACGGCCCUGUGGCCCUUCCUCAGUAGGCACAACUACCUCUCAGCCAGCCCCCGCCAGCCUUUGGUUUGGGGUCUGGGACGAGCUGUCCCAUGUCACACGUCUAUGUGCAUGUGCACACACACUCAAACAUGUGCACACACGUGCCCUCCCCACCUCACUAGACUCUCCGGGAGAUGGGGCAGGACUGGGAGAGCCCACGAUUGGUGAUUCGGGUGUGUUGGGAUGAGGCGGAGUGAGUGCCUCUGGGAUUUGUCCCGCUCAGAGCCUCAGGGGGCUGGGGUCUCAGGGCACUCAGCUUCCCAGGCAAUAACAGCCGUGGGGUAAUAAAUGGUCUCUGCACACCUGCAUGUUCCGUUCUUUGAAGCUUUGAGUCUUGGCCAAUCCCCUGGUUCUGUGGAGGAGGUGGGACUCUGAGAAACUCCCUGAGACAGCAGGAUUCGGGGAUCACCUGGGGCCUUUAGCCACCAAGUAGGCAGGAGACUCUGGGUCAGGGCCUGCCACUGUGAAAAACUCUCCUGAGAGGUGGGGACACUGCCACUGGGUGAGCAGGGGCGCCACUGUGGGCAGAAGCCAGCGCGGGAGUGGGAGAGCGUCCCAUGGCACAGAGGAAUGGCCAAGAGGCUCCAGCUGGUGCCAGGUAGAGGGCCGAGACCAAGGCCGGGGCAGGCGUUGUGCAGCUGGGGGCAGCGAGUCCUCCCUGCUGCCUGGUCAGAAGAGAGGACUCAGGGCUCCUGCUGCAGCCCUCAAGCGCUGCGAGGGUCUGACAUGAUCACUGCCGUCUUGUAGAGGGUCUGGGCCUCUGUCCACCCAUGGUACCUGAGGCAUCCGUGAACUGGAAUCCCAGACCCUUGCCCUGCCCUGCUGAGACGCUGUGCCAAAUCGACAUGGUUGCCUACACUCAAGACCCCCCUCCCUGGAGUCCUGCUCCCACCAUCCAGUGGGGUGGUGGCGUUUCCUUCUUACACGUGGCCUCUUCUCACCGCCGAGCUGUUGGGCGGCCGCCCACUGGGCUGGUCCUCCUCUUCCCAGCAUGUCUCAGCCUCUCCAGCUCAACCCCAGGGGCAGCGUCCAGGAAGGAGCAAGGAGGCCCCUCCUAGUCCCUGACACCUUCACUGAUGGGGACGGUGGAAGGGAGGUUUCUGGGAGGGGACACCUGUCCCUCAGGAGGGCUGGGCCGCUGUCAGCUGCCCUGCUUCUGGCUGCAGACAGGAAGACAUCAUUGUCCUGGUCCUGGAAUGGAGUCACAUGGAGAGCGGCAAGCACUCCCCUUGCUCCCAGAGCCCACUGAGCCUCCCGUCCAUCUGUCUGUCCAUGAGACUAUUCAGGGGGGCUCACAGGGACCACACACGAAGCAUCUUGUUGCUCAGCCACUUGGCUGCUCCAGUCCCAACCUGGGCAGUGGGAGCCCCACUCGGGGCAGCCCCGCCUGCAGAUCAGCCUGGCUAACACCUGCCAGGUGCUGACGGGCCCUUGGGCAGAUGGCUUGACGACACCUGUUUGAAGAGCCUUGGGGACAUCCUAGAGGAAGCUUGACCUAGACCUUGGGCUCCGCUGGAUCAAGGGUGACCUUGAGUAAACAGACUCCCCAGGAGAGCUUGGGGUCCAGCCGCUACCAGUCUCCACGUGAGCUGGCGGAGUGAAGACGCUGAGAAAGCCUCUCUCACCUUCCGGGACCGGGACCACUGCCUCCCUUACAGGGAUUGGCCAUCCCCAGAGAGGGAGGCACCCACUCAGCUGCCAUAACAAAGGACCCCAGCCUGAGUGGCCGAAACAACAGAGUUUCAUUCUCCUCCAGUCCUGGAGGCUGGAAGUCCCAGAUCCAGGUGAAGGCAGGGCUGGGUCCUUCGGAGGCUGUGAGGGCGGGGCUGUUCCAGGCUUUCUUGUGGCUUUGGGAGUCCCGUGGCAUCUCCCUGUGUGUGUCUGUUUCUGUCUCUCCUCUUCUUAUGAGGACACAGUCAUGUUGCCCUGCUCCAGGAGGCCCCCCAUCUUAACUCAUGACAUCUGCAAAGCCUCUACUUCCAAAUAUGGUCACAAGCGGAGGGCCCGAAAAUUAGGACUUCAACAUACGGAAGUGGGGGACGCAAUUCCACCUAAACAGCCAGUGGGAACACGGGGCUUUGCCAAGAGUUGCCUCGAGGGUCCUUGCACUCAACGCUGAGGAGAGGGGAGGCCUCACCCUCUUCUUUUGUCCCUCAGUCUACAAAGGAUCAUGAGGGCCGGGCAUGGGAGUUCACGCCUGUAAUCCCAGCCCUGUGGGAGGCCAAGGUGGGUGGAUCACUUGAGCCCAGGAGUUUGAGACCAGCCUGGGCAACAUGGCAAAACUCUGUCUCUACUAAAAAUACAAAAGAAUGAGCUGGGUAUGGUGGCACACCCCUGUAGUCUGAGCUAUCCAGGAGGCUGAGGCAGGCGGAUUGCUUGUGCCCAGGAGGUGGAGGUUGCAGUGAGCCAAGAUCACACCACUGCACUCAACCUGGGCGACAGACCGAGACCC